UCAAGUUCUAAUCAUAGAGUAAGUAAUAUACUACGUACGGUUCUAAUGUCAAUUGUAUUUUUUGUUGUGAAAGUGAAUAACCUCAAACAAAAGUAAUUUUGUAGAAAUAUGUUAUGUUAAAACGAAUUUUAUUUAGUUUUAAUCGUUUAGUUACUUAUAAAUCAUUAAAGCCAAUUAAUCAUUUUGGGAUUCAUCGCCAAUUUUGCUUAUCUUUAUCAAGAAACAUGAAAAUCGGAACCCAUGACGGAGUCUUCCAUUGCGAUGAAGUUCUUGCAUGCUUUAUGCUCAAAAGCCUGCCGCAGUACAAAGAUGCAGAGAUCGUCCGAACCAGAGACAUGGUUAAACUCAACGAGUGUCACAUAGUUGUUGAUGUUGGUGCUGUGUUUGAUCAUCAUACAAAGAGAUAUGAUCAUCAUCAGAGAGAGUUUAAUGAGACAUUGAGCUCUCUAAGACCUGAACUUGGUGAUAAGUAUAAAAUUAAAUUAAGUUCUGCUGGUCUUGUAUACACGUUCUAUGGAGAAGAAGUUAUAAAAGAAUUAGCUCCAAAGGAUGUAACACUCACUGAAGAAAAUCUUAAAAUAAUAUAUAGAAAAGUUUAUGAAAAUUUCAUAGAAGAAAUAGACGCUAUAGAUAAUGGAGUUCCGAUGACUGAUGAUGAGCCAAGAUAUAAAAUAAGAACAAACUUAAGUAACAGAGUGGGGAGACUCAACCCAGAAUGGAAUUCAAAACAAGAGAUUGAUGUCAAUGAAAUUUUUAAGAAGGCCAUGGUUUUGGUCUGUGAAGAAUUUUUGUACACAAUCCGUUACUUCCUGUCUGUUUGGUUGCCGGCUAGAGUUUAUGUUAAAGCAAGCUUAGAGAACCGCUUGAAUAUACACAGUUCUGGUAAAAUUGUUGAGUUUACCGAGAGAUUUCCUUGGAAGGAGCAUCUAUUUGAUUUGGAAAAGGAAAUGGACAUUAAGGAUGAGAUCACAUAUGUGAUAUUUAAUGAUAAACCUAAAUCAUGGAGGGUUCAGGCAGUGCCCGUAAGUCCUACAAGCUUUAUUACUAGAAGACCCCUGAACAAGAAAUGGUGGGGAGUGAGAGAUGAAAUAUUAAGUAAUGUGGCUGGAAUACCACAUUGUAUAUUUUGUCACAGCACUGGGUUUAUUGGAGGGAAUGAGACUAGGGAGGGAGCCUUGCGAAUGGCUAUUGAAAGUCUUGAAGCAGAAUCAUAAAUAUACAAAACCGAAUAAAGAACUUCAUAAUAAAUAGAUAAAUUAUGUAUAAAUUUUAAGUAUACCUAUAUAAUAAAACCUUCUUUUGGUUUCG